CAGGAAGCCGCGGAGGAGAAGAAGAGACUGCUGAAGGAGGCGGAAAACGCGCGCAAUCAAGCGGAUGCGAAGGUCAAGAGCGAAGCCGAAAAAGCGGCGGCCGCCCACGCUCGCGCCGACCAGGCGGACGCGGAGCGAGAGAAGAGUCUGAAGGAAGCGCAAGAGACCAUUCAGCAAGCAGAGGCAGCGAAGAAGGAAGCCAUUUCCAAGGCGGAUGCGGCCAGAAAAGCCGCGGAGGAGCAGGCUGCUAAAGAGGCAGCUGAUGCGCAGCAGGCACGGCAAGCAGCAGAGGCUGCUCAUUCAGAGAAGGAGAGCGCCAUGUCCAGUGCGGCAGAGGCCAAGAAAGCCGCUGAGGAGGCCACGAAAGCGGCCAUUGACAAGGCGGACAAGGCCAUUGCAGAUGCACAGGCCAAGGUGGCGGAUCAUUCCUCCAAAGCUCAACAGGCGCAUCAAGCCAUGGAGCAAGCCGAGGCGGCGAAGGCCAAGGCCUUGGAGGAGGCCUUGAUGGCGCGGAAGGUCGCGGAAGAAGCCAAGGUGGCAGAGCACGAAGCGCUCAGCGAGAUGAGGCAACUCACGGAGAAGCAGGCUCAAGACCUGGCCGUGAAAGCAGCGGCCGCGAAGAAAGCCGUGGAAGAAGCACAGGCUGCGCAGCAGAAGUUGGUGGAACAGGCGCAGAUGGCACGGCAGAAUGCCGAGGCCAAAGCCAAGCUGGCUGAAAAUUUGAAGACCCCCAGCACCCAAAGAUAGCGAAGACAGGCCUACGGUUGCAUUUCUGCAGCCCUGGUGAUCUCACGUGGUGCCUUUUUCUGAAUAGCUUGCAUUCCAAUUCGCAUUUUUCCAGAUCAAAUGGCUUCGACCAACCAGAUCAUAUCAGUUCACAGUUUUUGUCAUGCUGCUUUCGGCACUGUUUUGCUUGUAGCAGAUGCCUUUCUCCGUGUGGCUUCGUUCGAGCGCCCCAAAAGAAAGCCAUGAAGCAUUAGUUCGCGGUCAGAAGGCUCCUAGUUCUGUCGCUUGCAGCUGAACAGGGUAAGCGGCAAGGAGCUGUUGGCUUGAUUCGCAUUUAACAGAAUUUUCACAUUUUCGUCAACGCCCAGCGAUCCAAUCGCGCCCAAAAAACCAUGGGACUCCCGACCAGACAUGCCACGUUCACGGUGGCAGGGGAGGACCAGAUUCAGCCCACCGAACUCCGGGCGGCGCUUGCUGGUGGGGCAGCGCCGGCCGUUGGUGCGUGCCGUACGGGACCCAAAGGCGGCGUUGAGCGUUCUCCAAAGAGCUGGCUGUUGCUCCGCAACCGAGGCUGAGGCGACCAGGUCAUUGCGAAUCGCC